AUGAUGAUGAUGAUGAUGAUGAUGAUGAUGAUGAUGAUGAUGAUGAUGAUGAUGAUGAUGAUGAUGAUGAUGAUGAUGAUGAUGAUGAUGAUGAUGAUGAUGAUGAUGAUGAUGAUGAUGAUGAUGAUGAUGAUGAUGAUGAUGAUGAUGAUGAUGAUGAUGAUGAUGAUGAUGAUGAUGAUGAUGAUGAUGAUGAUGAUGAUGAUGAUGAUGAUGAUGAUGAUGAUGAUGAUGUAUUUUGUUGAGAAUCGGAUUAUAUGGUAA